AGAGAGAGAGAGAGAGAGAGAGGAAAAGGGUGAAAGAAACGACGGUGACGAGAGCAGAGGAUGCAGCAGUGUAGGAAGGCACCAACAGAUGGGUCGAGGAGAGCGGUGGUGGCCGGGACCUAACUGCUUCUUUAACUUUUGUCGUUUGGGGCGUCGUCGUUCUCAUCUGCAUACGAUCGAUCGACGACGUAAGGUGCCCGGUGCGCGGCCGGCCGGGGAUUUGGAUCGGAUCGGAUCGAGGAGCCUGCAGCUGCAGGCGGCUGGCUGCUGCUGCUUCCUCCUCCAAUAUAUUAUUUUUACUACUCCUCCUCCUCCUGUGUCCAGCAGUGUCCUCCUCAAUCCUCAUUAUAUUGCUCAUCUCAUCAACUAGCUAGUCUGAAGGACGACCUGUCCGUCCAUAGCGGCCGCCGGAGCUGAGGAUCCGAGCGGAGGGGUUCCAGUUCCAGUUGCAGUUGCAGUUGCAGCGAGCAGAUCAGAUGGGUUCCUUCGUGCAAGGAGAUGAGGUGGAGGUCCCGGUGUACGAGUCGGGCGCCGAGGUGCUGCAGAAGGCGCAAGAGAAAUGGAGCGUGGCUCCGCCGCCGUACCCGGCCAUGUACUCGAGCGUGUUGGGCGGCAUCAUCCUUGACCCUGCCAUGAUGGUGGUCCCCAUCGACGACCACAUGGUGCACCGGGGCCACGGCGUCUUCGACACGGCCAUGAUCCUUGACGGCGCGCUGUACGAGCUGGACGCGCACCUGGACCGCUUCCUCCGGUCCGCCGCCGCGGCGCGCGUCGUGGCCACGCCCCCGUUCCCUCGCCACGCCCUGCGGAGCAUCCUCAUCCAGAUGACGGCCGCGUCGGGCUGCCGCAGGGGCUCCAUCCGCUACUGGCUCAGCUCUGGCCCCGGCGACUUCCUGCUCUCCUCCAGGGGCUGCCCCACGCCCGCCUUCUACGCCGUGGUGAUCGCGUCCGAGUACGAGCAGUGCGGCCGCGACGGCGUGCGCGCCGUCACGGCCACGGUGCCCAUGAAGCCGCCGCAGUUCGCCACCAUGAAGAACGUCAACUACCUGCCCAACGUGCUGUCCAUCAUGGACGCCGAGGACCGCGGCGCGUUCGCCUCCGUCUGGGUCGACGACGAAGGCUACGUCGCCGAGGGGCCCAUGGUGAACGUGGCGUUCGUCACGCCGGACAACCACCUCGUGCUCCCGGCCUUCGACAAGAUCCUCGGCGGGUGCACCGCCAAGAGGAUGCUCGCGCUGGCGCCCAGGCUCGUCGAGUCCGGACUGCUCGCAGGCGUCAGCACCAGGAACAUCACCGUGGAGGACGCCAAGGGCAGCGUGGAGAUGGCCUUCGUCGGCAGCGGCCUCCCCGUGCUGCCAGUCGUCCACUGGGACGACAAACCCAUCGGAGACGGUACUACAGCAAGGUUGGGCCGCUGAUGCAGGCGCUGUCUGAUCUGCUGUGGGAGGACAUGAAGUCCGGUCCCGACAGGAUCCCCGUUCCAUACAAGCACUAGUCAGUGGGUGAAGACUCAACACUGAAGAGAAGCCAUGUGUGUGUGUGUGUUUGCAGUCGAUCCUGCGAUUGUGUCUGUCUGUGUGUAUUUCCUUGUUUGAAUUGGGAUUGGUCAACCAAGUCACUCGAUUGGGAUCCAGUUUGCCGCUGUAAUGAAAUGAAUGGCGGCUGACUUACUGAAUAAUACAGUACACUAUGGGAGAGCAUGAGCCUCCCUUCCUUCCUA